UCUUAUUUCCCUUCUUCGGGUGUUCUAGCUCUUUCUCCUUCGUCCUUGAAUUUUCUCCCUGAGGAUCUCUAGGGAGAGAAACUGCCUCCAUUCUAGAGAGAGAGAGAGAGUUCUACAGCCUAGGGUUAGGGUUUCGAUUCAUGGAUGCGUCCUCGUCUCAGCCGUUAACGUUCUAUGACUUUCUGGACAGAAUGCGGAAUCCAGCUUCUCUCGAUCUGGUUCGGUCCAUCAAAAGUUUUAUUGUAUCUUUUUCAUUCUAUGCGCCCAGCCCAGAAAAUGAUGGCAAGAGGCUGCAAGACUUCCUUUUAACAAUGGAAGAUUCUAUAAGGGACCAUCCGUUAUGGGUUGGGGCAACUGAGGAAGAAAUAGACUCUGCAAUUGAGGGUUUGGAGAAGUAUGUUAUGACAAAAUUGUUCUCUCGCACAUUUGCGGCUUCUCCUGAGGAUGCUAAGGCUGACCAGGAAAUUUCAGAAAAAAUAAGCUUGCUACAAAACUUCUUGAGGCCUGAGCAUUUGGAUAUACCUGCAGUACUUCAGAAUGAAGCUUCAUGGCUGCUUGCAGAGAAAGAAUUGCAGAAAGUCAAUGCUUUCAAGGCUCCUCGGGAGAAGCUUCUUUGCAUUUUGAAUUGCUGCAGGGUCAUAAACAAUUUGCUGCUUAACGCAGCAAUGUCAGAAAAUCAUAUUCUAGCUGGAGCUGAUGAUUUUCUUCCUGUUCUAAUAUAUGUCACGAUCAAGGCGAAUCCUCCUCAGCUGCAUUCAAACCUCAAAUUCAUCCAGCUGUAUCGGAGGCAGGAGAAGCUUGUGUCAGAAGUGGCUUAUUAUUUCACAAAUCUGGUCUCUGCCAAGUCAUUUAUUGUUGACCUAGAUGCAAAGUCUCUUUCCAUGGAUGCAGUUGAAUUUCAGGAGAGCAUGGAAGCAGCAAGAGAGGCCCAUAAAGCAGCUGGAGUUAAACCCUCACCAUCAUUGGAUCGAACUGCAACCUUGGCAGGGCAGAUGGAUCCUGGUCCUUCAAGAAGAAUGUGGUUUAGAGAAACUGACACAAGAGGUAUAUCGGUGAAUCACUUGAUGAUGGCAGGUACGUCAAACUAUCCUUUUAUGGAAGCAGAGGCUGGUGAACUCACUGUGGGAGAUGUAGAGACAUUGCUGAGUUUGUACAAGGAUGUUGUUACAAAGUACACUAAUCUGUGCAGGGCUGUUAAACGCCUUUCUAUGUCCAAAACAGAAACCCCAGUUUUGGUUCCCCUUUCAGAAGGGACCCAUACCUCUCCACCUCAGCCAGAAGGAAGAACUACAAAUGUCAAUGACAAAAGAGGAGAAUAGAGACUGGUACAAAUUGAUUUUGCUGUAUUGAGUUCGCUGAUGCGGUUCAACAAAAAGGAGAAGAGGUCCUUCAAUGUUCGGAGUUCGGUUUCGGCUAAGGACUGGUAGAAUGCGAUUAGAGUUUGGAGGUGGGUUCGGGGACCUCGGCCUUGGAAAAAGAAUGUAGAUAGGGGGAUGUUGGAGAGGGUGUGGAUUGCAUUCUGGUAAGCGUCUGAGGUGAGAGCAUAGCUCCCGGUUCCAAAUUGAUAGCCCCAGUGGCCGUACCACACUUGGCCUUUUGCAACCGUGUGAAGUAGGCGGUACUCGGUUCCAUAUUUUUUUGACAAGUCCAUCACGCUUACUUUCCUGCUCAAAUGAAGUAGGUUUUAAUCCUCAAGCCAAACUCAAAAAAUGGAGAAAUAUGCAUGAACGAAUUGCCAGUAUUAUUACAAAUUUUACAAUUUAUAUU